GCAUAAUACCCUUUGGUUUGUUGCAUUGUCCCAUGCCGGGACACCAUCUUCUUCCGGCACCACCUUAUCAUCAUCAUCUUCUUCUUUUUUGAAACUAUUUUCCUUUCAAUUUCAUCUCUUUCCUCUUCCCAGCAUUUCAAUUUUUACAAGUUUCAGAGAUGGUACGUGGUGCAAAUGAAAAAUUGAAUGCUAAAGAAAAUAAGAAGAUCCUUAAUGAUGAAGAGGGAAGAGCACAUACAAUGAAAGAGAAAGGAGUGAAAUUAUUAAAAAAAUCAAAAUAUCAACUUGUAGAUUAUAAAUCAUUGCCAACUUAUUUAAAGGACAAUGAAUUCAUAUUGGACUAUUAUCGAUCAGAGUGGCCAUUGAAGCAGAUUUUCCUCAGCAUUUUCUCAAUUCACAAUGAGACACUUAAUGUUUGGACGCAUUUGAUUGGGUUCUUCCUUUUUCUCUUUCUCACCGUUUGCACGGCCAUGAAAGCUCCAAUGGUCAUGGAUUCCCUUCAACAUUUGCCUGAAAUCAUAGGAAAAGCUGACUUGAACAAGAUUCAUGCAGAGUUAUUAAAGUGUCUGCCUUCACUCCCGAGUAUUCCUGAUCUCGAUAAAGUUAAAAACGAGUUAAUGACAGCUCUUCGUUCUCUUGACUUUUCCACAUUAUCAGGCUGGAAUAUUAUGGAGCAUCUCACCAGUUGCUUGCAUGACAAGUUUUCUAUAAAGGGUUUGAAAGAUGAAAAAAUGGACUUUCUAUCUCCUUCAAUAGUCCAACCAAUUACACGGUGGCCGUUUUAUGCCUUCUUAGCUGGAGCUAUGUUCUGUUUAUUAGCCAGCAGCACGUGUCAUCUCCUAGCUUGUCACUCGCAACGCCUUUCCUACAUUUUGCUCAGAAUUGACUAUGCUGGAAUUGCUGUACUAAUUGCAACUUCAUUUUAUCCUCCUGUAUAUUACUCAUUCAUGUGCAACCCUUUCUUUUGUUACCUCUACUUAGGCUUCAUAACAUUGAUGGGAGUUGCUACUAUUGUUUUCUCUCUUCUCCCGUUUUUCCAAAAAUCCGAGUUCAGAAAGUACCGCGCUUCGCUGUUCUUUCUGAUGGGAUUUUCGGGCAUUGCGCCUAUAAUGCAUAAAUUGAUAUUGUAUAGGCAUGAACCCGAGGCGCUUCAAACUACAGGCUAUGAAGUACUAAUGGGAGUUCUUUAUGGUUUGGGAGCUGCAAUUUAUGUCGCGAGGAUACCGGAGAGGUGGAUGCCGGGAAAGUUUGAUAUUGCUGGUCAUAGUCACCAACUUUUUCAUGUCUUUGUUGUGGCGGGGGCUUACACGCAUUAUCUCGACGGGUUAAUUUACCUUAGAUGGAGAGAUUUGAAAGGUUGUUAGUUUUGUAGUGAGUUUGUUGUGUUUUAGGUACUUAAUUUGUUGUUCAAAACUUAGAUAUAUAUUGGAUGAAAGAUGAAGAAAGUUUUUGUGUAUGUAUAGUAAAAAUCUUCUUGUUCUUUUUUGUGUUAGAUUUAUGAGUUUUUAAGUAAAGAGGUAAGGCUGAGAGAAUACAUUGAUUUUCUGUGGUGCCCCAAGUAUGCAGUAUAUUACAUGUAUUCAUUUAUAUAUAAUAUAUUCAACUUCUGAGGA